AGUGUUGAAAUAGAAAUAUCUUCAUAUAUAAGACCUUUAAACGCGUAACCAUCUCAUACAACAAGUAUUCUUUGAAGAAGCUAGACGAAUCAAAAGGAAAAAUGAGAUUGUUCGUUGUUCUUGCCUUGGUCGCAGCAGCCUCAUGCGCUCCCCAGAACCUUCAGGACGUACAGAUCCUGCGCUAUGAUUCUGACAACGCUGGAUUGGGAUCAUACGGCUACGCAUGGGAGCUCUCAGACGGUUCCAAACAUGAAGAGCGGGGGCAGUUAAAAAACCAAGGCACUGAAAACGAGAGCCUUGUUGUUCAAGGUCAGUACACCUGGGUCGGACCUGACGGUGUCACCUACGUUGUAAGCUACAUAGCUGAUGAGAACGGCUUCCAGCCCCAAAUAGAACAGGGACCAGGCGGUGCCGUCCCUCCAGGCGUUGUUGCUUCUCUCCUUGGAUAAAUAAGACUUAUUAUUUAAUAGCAAAAUACUCAGGGAUCUGUACAUAAUAUUUAUGUACCUAUUCUGCUUAGUAUAAGUAAAUAAAUUUAUAUAAUGAUA